AUGAUUCUGGCUUCUCUUCUAGUAUUCCUGCUGAUUCCACAUAAAGCUUUUUGUGAUGACACCGGAAAGGAAGGGGAUGCAUAUCAACAAAUUAAUGAGGGGAUUGGAAACGUUGCAGCUUGGGGAAUUAGUUUAAUCAAACCUUCCUUCCAGGGAGCCUUUUCAUAUGGGGCUAGCAAAGUUGCUAGUGAAGCUAUGCUGGCAUGUGGUGUUUGCGUCAGGAAUAAUGAAGAUCCUAAUGUUAAAUGCCAGCAGGCACUUGAAUGGGCAGCCAGAACAAUUGCAUUAUCGGCUUUUGGUGGUCAUGCAUACAACAACGGUGCUCUGAAGAGAGAAGGGGAUCCAUCCUAUGAUUGGUAUCACGCGGUCGAAAAAUUGCUUGACGGAGACAGCAUCAGGGCUUUCUUAAGUGAUUUUAUAUCUUUCGUCUGGGACAGGAUCCAUCUGGUCCCUCAUUUGUUUUAUACAAUAGUAAAUUGGAUUCUAUCCUUAACGUCUCGCUUCAUGAGGGAGCUGGUGGAGUUGGUGUCGUUUCUGCUAGUCACCCUAAAAGCAACUCUACAUUAA